UGGCGCCGUAGGGACGUUGUUAUUGUUCCGUCGCUCGGUAUAAGGUUUUUGCAGUGGUGUCAUUUCCAGCCCUAAACUCCGCGAAUUUGGGUCGAGUGGGUGCCUGCGGGUAUGAGAGAGCCAUUCGGAGAUCAUGCUGAGAUCCACCGGUUUCUUCCGAGGGAUUGACUGUCCGUUUGACAAAGAGUACACCGAAGGCAAAGCCGACAAAAAUGGGUGCAACAGACCAUACUGUCACUUCAGACACAGCCAGCACAGACGGACGUCCUAUGGAGCAGCCGUCGAUGUUAAAAAGCACAGAGAAGUCAACUCCAACCAAAAGGAGCAAGGGUAUGAUCCAUUCAACCCCGAGGUAGUGAGGACCCAGGAGCAGCAAAAUGGAGAUCCAUCUGCCUCCAGUGACAUUAGUGGUGCUCUGGAGCUGGUCAACAGGGCCAUCGAGGAGGUGCGCAGCGAGGUUGAGUGGGAGAAGCGGAAGCUGUCUCGGAUCGGGGAUGAAGAGUACGACCCCAGCUCCAACACCGGUUUGUCUACAACGGAUGCUAUCAAAAGACCCAGCUCAGCAACAGCGGCUUCCCACUUGGCCUAUGACCCUGGGAGUUAUCAGAUGGCAUCAGAGGGGUAUAAUCCCACCCCUUGCAGCAGCAAGUACACUUUGGAUUCGGACAUCCAGGGGAACCACUCGAACUCCUUGGAAUAUGUCCCCACCUCAGUGAAAAAGCCUGCACCUCGGACACACACACCCCAGCUCCCCUCUCCUCCUCCCAGCCCUAAGUAUUCUAAUAACACACCCUCCUCCAAGUGCAAAUACACCCUGGACAAUACCAAACCAUCCACAGAUAUGGAGUAUGACCCUCUCUCCAACUAUUCUGCGCGAAUUGCAGGACAGAGCAAGAGGGCCGAGAGUGUACAAACUGUUAAAAUGGAUGGGAGCAAGACACAGAAACAACCAGGGUCACGGAGAUCGGAUGAGGAGUAUGUGCCGACGGCAAAAAAGCCUCGGCAGCAGGGGGUGGAGACACAGAAAUACACCUGUUCUGACUCUGACGGGGAGAGCUCUGGAACAGAGUAUCGACCCACUUCACUUAGUCGCCUCCAGCAGAGAAAAGGCAGUAGUGGAUCAGUUGAGGAAGCUGUUGGGAUGGGGAGAAAAGAGAGGCCCGAGGGAACAACGAAUGCUCUGACACAGAGGAAUAAAGAAGUGUUAAGAGAUCAGAGAGAGGUGGGAGUGGAAUCAGGCAUCAAGGAAGUCAAUCGGCAUAAGUACAGCCCAGAAAAUGAGAGGGUGACCAUUCAGUCUAGUCAUGGGAAGAGUGGCAAAUCUGAGAAAGCGCAGCAAGUUGAAAAGGAAGUAAAUAAACUGUCUAGUAGUAAAAGCAGUAGCAACAGCAACAGUAAGGACAAAGGCUCAGAGAAGAAAUCAAACCACGACUCUGUUAAGAAAGACAGCAAGGGUCAUGGGAGGAAAGAGGAGGGGAAAAGCAAGGUUAAGGACAAGGCAAGUGAUAAAGUUCAUAAAACUGAAAAAGGCAAAGAAGAGAAGAGAAGCGAUGGUAAGGUAAAAAGUGUGGAAAAGUUAAAAAGUGACUCAGGCAAACGAGAGAAGAGCACAGAAAAUGGUGGUGCGGAAAGCAAAAAACCCAAGACAUCAGACAAGGAAAAGCAGCACAGCAAACAUAAAGACCACCAACACAAAAACGGUAAACUUGAUAGUGGUAAAAAAGAAAAGGACAUUAGGAAAAGUAGUAAAAGCAGUUCCAACAGCAGUAGCAAAGGCACUUCCAACAGCAGUAGCAGUCAAAGUAAAGGGAAUUCAGCGAGCAGCAAAGAUAAGGCGAAGAAAAGCAGCAGCUCGUCAGAUGGAAAAACAACAGUUAAGGACAAACGGCGAACUCUGAGUCUGAGCCAUGCUGAUCUGUUUGGGGAUGAGAGCCCUGAGGAGGCUGAGGCCAUGGAGGCCAUGGAGGACAUGGAUGAUGAUGAGGAGGAGGAAGUGUUGGUGAGGAAAGCGGCUGAUGCUUUAAAGAGGAGAGGCGUGAACAAAAGGAAAGCUUCAGAGUUGACUCCGUCUUCCUCGGAUGACGACAGCGAUCCUGGUGUGGAGGACGGCAGGGCAGGCUGGGAUGAGGUAGACAGCGGUGGAGUGGACUUCGCCAGCCUCCAGGUGGACAUGGACUUCGACUCGGAUCCCAUGGAGGAGUGUUUACGGAUCUUCAAUGAAUCCAGGGAUGUGAAGAGGGAGGACAAGGGGAGGCAGGCCAAGCAGCCAUCUAGGGAUUCAGAGGAAGAGGAAGGCACAGAGAGCACUUUAACAACUCUCUUCCCUGGUCAGAAGAAGAGGGUCUCCCAUUAUGCUGCCAAAGGAAGUACCGACGCGACCCCCAAGGCUGUGGUGCGACCAUACAGGAGACCCACUGCCCAGGAAGUCUGCUACCAGCGCAUGCAGAUUGCGCAGCAGCAGGCUGCUCAGCUUGCUGCCGCAGUCAAGGCUGGCGCUACCUCGUCAAGCUCCAGUCCGGGCUUCUCUGGAGAGAAGAAGAGAAUAGCGCACCGUCCCAACCCGCUGGCAUCAUCAUCCCCCAAGCUCGAUGCCAAACCGUCUGCAAGCCGAGUGUUGUCCCCUAGCAAGACCCUUACAGCCCAUCUGUCUGUCAAGGCUCACACCUCCGCUGGUAUCUUGUCCAAGACCUCAUCCACUGUCAUGCAGAAGAGGGUGGCGCACAUGCCCACCAUGAAGAGCACUUCGAUGAAGCGCCCAGUCAUCCCUACUGAGUUUGGGGCCAAAGUGCCCACCAACAUCCGCCAGCGCUACCUCAACACCUUCAUAGAUGAAUGUGUCAAAUUCUGCCCAUCAGAGGAAGCUGCCUUCCAGAUGGCCCUUGAUGAGGAGAGGUUGGUGUAUGAGCGCAGUAGCAGCAAGAACAUCUACCUCAACGUAGCUGUCAACACUCUCAAGAAGCUCCGCAGCAAGGGUGGCUGCUCUUCCUCACAGGCCACCAAGGCCCCGGUGUUGGCUACAAGCAAGAGGGUCCUGUCCCAUGAGGAGGUUCUGGGGGGUCGCCUGGCUGCCACCACCAGCUUCACUGUCAACAGGAUGGGUAAACCGCAGGAGGAGAAACUCACUGGAGCCACACUGUAUAGGAAGCUGAAACCGUACCUGAUGACCGAGGAGCAGCUGCAGGAGCACGGCUACCCCAGAGCGAACCCUGAGGCUGCCGGCCGGGCCGUGAUACACAACCUGCCAGAGAAAAAGAUCAUCACAGACCCAUUCUCAAAGAUCUGCUGUCGGUGUGGGGCCGAGUAUAAGAUCAACGCCAAUGGCAACUGUGUACGCAAGGAGGAAUGCAGCUUUCACUGGGGUCGUGUACGCAGACAUAAAGUGGCUGGAGGCUGGGAGACGAGCUACAACUGCUGCUCUGGAGCUGUUGGCUCUCCAGGUUGCCAAGUCAGCAAGCAACAUGUUCAGGAUGGGCGAAAAGAGUCAUCAGAUGGCUAUGUUAAGACCUUCAGCAAGCCUCUACCACCAGAUGGCAAUGGAGGGGUGUACGCCUUGGACUGUGAGAUGUGUUACACAAAGCAGGGCCUUGAGCUGACCAGGGUGACCGUCAUCAACUCUGAGCUGAAAGUCAUCUACGACACAUUUGUCAAACCUGACAGCAAAGUGGUUGACUACAACACACGGUUUUCGGGGGUGACGGAGGAGGACCUGGAGAACACCACCAUCACGUUGAGAGACGUUCAGGCCGUGCUGCUCAGCAUGUUCAGCGCUGAAUCCAUCCUUAUAGGACACAGUCUGGAGAGCGACUUACUGGCCCUCAAGCUAAUCCACAGUACAGUGAUAGACACAGCUAUCAUAUUCCCUCACCGCCUUGGCUUGCCCUACAAACGUGCCUUGAGGAACCUUAUGGCGGAGCACCUGAAACGCAUCAUCCAGGACAACGUGGAGGGCCACGACUCGAGCGAGGAUGCCAGUGCCUGCAUGGAGCUCAUGAUGUGGAAGGUCAAGGAGGACGCAAAGGUUAAGAGAUGACCUCCGACCCCUCCAGGCCAUUCCACUGAUUAUAACUUCCUGCCUUCAUGCUGGCUGACUGCUGCAGGAAGAAACACCAGAGCAAGUGCAAAGGGGCCGGGAGCCCAGAACCGGAGUUUCACCCCAACAGUAACUUGAUGGAUUAGAAAAAGAGGCAGACACAGAGUAAGAAGGAAAAGAGAGAUGGAGAGUUCACCAAAGGAGGAGGUCUCCAGCAGAAAUAAGGAAGAGCGCACUCACACUGGUGCCUGCGUACUUGAGAAGAGAACUGUCAGUCAGCCACUUCCCUUCAGAGCAAUAGGAGAUGAAAUUAACAGUGUUUUUCAUUUGCUUAAUAGUAUUUCGGUUCUGUUAUGUUACGAUGCAUUUCUGUUUAGCACUCUUUCUCUGCUUGAGGAGUGUCUCUCAAGGCCGGAGGUCUCUUCAGAGAUUCAUUAAUAAAACUGCUCCACAGAAGUACUACUUAAAAUGCCAGGGCAUUGUCUGCUAAACUAUGGUGAUUAAUAUGCUAUUGAUGCCAGGGCUGUGUUCUCAGUCCGACUUGCACUAUAGAAAUGCCCUCGUUAUACAGGGCCAAAGAGUACCUCAUCUGUGUAAUAAUGCAUACAUUUCUAAUGAAUAACAACAAAUGUUCCUAAGUACAUUUUAGUGCAUUGAUGUCUUAGAGGCUAUUGACCAUUUGCUACCUAAAUGCACUUCUGUUUUUCACUUUGCACCUCGUUUAUUUUUUUUUUUUCACCAACAUCUGGUUUAACGUGGUUUAUAGCAAGAUCAUUUUGUUAACUCUUUGUUAACUCAAACCUUAUUAAUCCUAUAAUACUUGAUCAAAAGACCCUUAGCAGAUAUCUAAAGUCUCUGCUACUUUUUAUUUGGUAUAGUUGAUGGGAUGUUCACUGUAUUUUAUAGUACAAACAAGAUAUUGACCAUAUCCGCCACUGUUUUUCUUUGUGUCCUGUGUACUGCAUGAAAGGAAGUUAUGGGAACCGGUGUAAUAGCAGUUAGGACAAUAUUACUCCUCCAUAAAGACAAAAACGUAUUCAGUACUCUGAUAACUCUAGUUACGAUUAGGCCUGGUUAUUAAUUGCAGACAAUUAUCAUUUAAUGUAUAUCAGCUAACCUGUGCUGUUUUAUGUUGAAAGCGACAUACAUGACUGAAAAAAGAUACUUGAGUGCUGUAAAUAUGCUGUAAGUAGUUCCCUUUUGUAUUUGUUCAUUUUUGGUUGUUCAUCUUUUCUAAUAAAAAUACUACUUAAAACAA